AACAUGUUCUCUAAUUAUGUUGCCCCACCUUACAGAAUGAACCUGAGAAAAAAGAAAUACAAACCAACUGUUUAGUAGUCUGACUUAGUGUGCAGCAUAAUCAGGAGCUUAAACUGCACUUCUGAACUGUCAUCAUGGCAUGCAUUUAUGGAGACAUCAUGAAAAUAGACACAACCGGAGCAUCAGAGGCAACAGCCAAACAGGACAAAUUAACAAUUAAGGGUGUUGCAGCUUCUAAAAAACUGGCUGAGAAUGAUCUGAAACGAAUGGAGAAAUACAAGAGUUUAAUUAUUAAAGUUGGCAAAGCACAGAAGAUGGACCCAGCAGUGGUUGCUGCCAUCAUAUCCAGAGAGUCCAGAGCUGGGGCUGUGCUAAAGGAUGGGUGGGGUGAUCAUGGCAAUGGUUUCGGCCUCAUGCAGGUUGACAAGCGGUAUCACACGCCUGUAGGUGCAUGGGACAGUGAGCAGCAUCUCACACAAGCAAUUGAGAUACUCAUCGGCUCAAUUCAAGCAAUUAAAAAAAACUUUCCUCAGUGGACACAGGAGCAAUGCUUUAAAGGAGGGAUAUCAGCUUACAAUGCAGGUCCGGGAAAUGUCCGCACAUAUGAGAAUAUGGACAAGGGUACCCCAGGACACGACUAUGCUAAUGAUGUUGUUGCCAGAGCCCAGUGGUUUAGAAGCAAGGGUUACUGAACAACAGCUGGUAAAAGUUGUAAAAUCCCUGUUUUGAAGAUAAAACAAUUAAAAGUUUUUGGAUUAAUUGAAAUUAUGCAUAUAUUGGAUAUUUCUAAGCAUUGCUUAUACAAACUUCCCCAAACCGUUUUUGAUGGGUUUUUUUUUUUUUGCCUUUAUUUACCAGCCUAACUGUUUAGUGCUUAAUAAAUCAGUGCAUUGAUAUUGAUGAUGGUGUGAACAAAUCAAACUUAAUAAAACUCUUAAAUCAUG